AGUUACUUCCUGCUGUUGUGUCGGUGGAAAAAAGACUGAAGUUCCUCACUCCCGAAAAAGUUACUGCGCCCUAAGAAAAGUUAGAAAUAUAAGCGUACGCCGUUGUGUGUCUGACAGAAUGUCGCUUUAUGAGGCCAACAGCGCCCUCUCUCUGCCCGUGACAGCAGUGGCCUGGACUUCAAACAGCACCACAUGCCCCAAGGACUUCUCUCUGAUAAGCAUGACCCAGGAUGGGACAGCAGCCAACUUUGUGCGUGGCUUUGGGAUAAAGUCGGGUCACUACCUGUGCUUCAGCACGAAUACCGCUGGGGGGAUGGUGGUGUCAGAUAUCCAAAUCAUCACAGACAAAGAGCCCAUCCCCCAUGGAUACUGCUACAUCCCUGAGUACCUGGAACCCAAGGCCUCGGUGUGGAAGAAGAAGCGUGUGUGUGUGCGAAUUGUUCCCCUGGGCAGUGUGGAGACGGCUGUGCUGGACAUCAGACUGACGGCCAAGAGCAAAGUGGUGCUGCAGCACUACACCUGCCUGGGGGACAUCCAUGGUUAUGUGAUCUGGUGUAAGAAGGGUCACUUCUCUAGCCCUGUGCCCCAGGCCAAACCCCGAAGCAUUAGUGUGGAGCUACGCAAGAUGUCCCUGGAUCAACCAGCCCCCCCACUGCCCCUCCGACCCAGUAACACCCAUCCUGCCCCGUCAGUGGGGAAGCUUAGCCGUCGCCGUAGUAACCUUGAGAUCAAAGACCCCGGAGAGAGCGUCUAUGACAGCAGUAACAUCUACGGCAUUUCAGCUAUGGACGGGGUCCCCUUUGUCCUGCACCCCCGCUUUGAGACACAGGCGAGCCGGCCGGUGCCUUCAAACGCUCUGAGCAACAUCUGCAUCAAAUCCAUCCAGGACAUUGAGAAUGAGUACAACUACACCUUUGCGGUGGAGGAAUCGGCGGCUAGCAGAAGUCGACCGCGGACCUCACUCUCCUCACACAGCCACUAGAGGGCGCAGUUUCCCUCACUCUACCUCUCACAACCCCCCCCCAGGACACUACCGUCAGGAUACAGCGGCUGCAUACUAACAUCUACCCCACCCAGUCCAAACCAUCUUAUAAAAGGAAUCUAGCAUUUUUACUUAGUUUCUUGGCAUGUCCUUUAUUUAUCUUAACACAUUUUAAAAUUCUGGACCAAA